AUGACUUAUGAGCCUAGGAAGUACAAGACUAAAAAUUUGUUCUCAGUUCCAGUUCAGGAAGUAAUUAAGACAAGUUGUCCCGUUAACUACUAUCCUGACACGAGACAAAUGGAACUGAAUUGUACCUUCAAGGGAUGGCCUCGUUCUCGUGUAGUUUGGUACAAUCCACAUAAAAAACAAAUCAUCAACGGAUCUGAAGGUUUUUACAUCUCAGAGGAGCUGGUUGGAAAGGAUACCUUAAGUUCCCUUCUUCGUAAUCUUAAUAUCCAAGAAAAAGACGAAGGGGAUUAUAUUUUCACUGCAACGAACGGUUGGUCGAGUGAAAUUUCAAAGAUAAUUGAGCUGGUUUAUUUGUGUAAGUGGUCUGAUUAGUUAGAGGUAUGUUUUGAAGUGAACCCGGAUUACUGUCUACCAAGAGGCUGGAAGUGGGGGGGAGGGGUUCUGAUCCCGUAUUUCCGCUCUCUUUCACCACAAUCCCGCACCCCGAACGUCUGUCAUCUCUAUCCCGAAUACCGUUUUCUUUCAGAUUUUGGCGUAUCCCGCUUCCCGAGUAGCGGUCAAUUCCCGUAUCGCGUAAAAAAAAUUGGGGUUUUCCCGAAUCCCGCCUGUAUUUCGUGCGAGAAUACCCUUCCAGACCCUGUACAUACCCGUAUAUCGUUUUCUUUCCCAAUCCUGCAUCCGUGCCCAAAUUUUGGAGAAUCCCUCUUCCGCAGAAGCAGUCAAAUCCCGUAUCCUGUUAACGUUUCCCGAAUCCUGCACUGUAUUUCAGUCAAAUCCCGGAGCCUGGGAAUACCCUUGUAGAUCAUAGAUCCCGUACAUGCCGUCAGACGAAAUUGUCGCGGAUGAAGUUGACAUUCUUUCUCUCCGAUGAGCAGGAGAAAUACAGCUCUUCGGUUGCCUUGCAGUCAACAGACAUUCCAUUCAGAGGGAAUAAUAAACCCCAAGAGCCAUUAUGGCUCUUGUAAACCCUUAAUGACUGGUCCAGAGGGAAACAGUCAAUUUUGUUUCCCUAGAAUCUCAAUGUUUCCAGAGGCGAAACCGAGGAAAACAUCGAGAUUCGUGAUUUGUUAUAUAGCUGGAAAUUUUGAAGCUGGAAAUUCAUUAAACCUAGCUGUAACGGCGGUCGUUGGUCAACAUUCGCGGGUAACAGUGCACUGUUACCCUCUGACGUCAUACAUUUUGCAAUGUUGCUCGCUCAGAGAUUUGGCGUGAAACAGUUUCAUUGUUAGAUGUCAUGUGACCUCGAAGUAACCAAUGAGCGCCGGCCCGCUGUUAAGAAGAAAUUUCCAGCCACAUAACAAUGUAAGAUAUUAGCUGAUUUCAGGAGCCUUAUAUCUCGCUAAAUUUUAAUGAAUGUCCUAUCCCUUCAAACGGUGAGAAAAAAAUACGUCGGUUGUGUAUAAGCCACGGCUGCCUCAGACAGUUAACUUAAAAGAUAAACUAAGAAUUUCUUGCCACUACCCUCUUCCACUCAGAAUUCUAGGGAUACUUAGCUUAUUAGAAAAUUAAUAGAUAGUGUGAAUGUCUUCUUUUACCUUUUCUGCGGUGACUGAUGAUUAUCACGCAUAAAAAGCCUAUCCUUUGGACUACGAUAAAAAUGAUUAUAAUCAUGGGAGAAUGAUAUAACAGAUAAAAUACAAAUUCAAUUCUGUAAACAAGUUCUAGGUGUGAAUAAACAGUGUCCAAAUGUUGCAUGCAGAAAUGAACAUGGAUGACUACCACGGAAGGAAAUAACUAACGUAAAUAUUAUCAAAUUUUGGAUACAUUUGGAAAACAAACAAGAUGAUUCUUAUGCCAAGCAAUGUUUACAAAUAUCAAAAGAUAUGGCUGAGAAAAACCAGAUGAGUCUUGUGAAAAUAGUUAAUACCUUAUGCAACAAUUCGAAUCUAAAUGAAUUGUAUUUAAAUGAUAACAACUCCUUAACAUAUAUAAAGAAUAUCUAAUUAACUAUACGUGAAGAACUGACUUUACACCAAUAUAAUCUAAUAAGAAAUAACAAGAAACUAAAAUUCUACUCAAUACAUUGUAUUCAAAAAUGACUGUCACAAAAAUUAAUUGUUUGAACAUAAUCACCAAUAUAAAUCACAAAAAAACACUAAAUAAAGACAGACUUGGCAACCAUCGCUUACAAAUUGAGACGGGCAGACAUACAGUACCGAAAACUCCAGAAAAUCUUCCAAUUUGCCCCUUCUGCCACUUAAAUGAAGUUGAACACUAAUUACACUUUCUAUUCAAUUGUAAUCUUAACGAUAGUCUUCGAUCUAACUUUUGCAGAAACAUUAGUAAUAGAUACCCCCUUUUAAUAAUUUUGACAACAAUAAAAAAGACCCUCUUCAUAUUUAACAUUGUCGAUCCUCAAAUCUACAGACUGACAGCUGCUUACAUACAUUUUAUGUAUGGAAUAUAGACAAAAACUUGUUCUUUAAUUAUGGCCUUUAUUUUGAUUUAAGAUUCAUAAAUAAUGUAGGCAAUACCACGUACUCACGUGGGAAUACUGAAAUAAAGUUGUUGGGUAAGAUUAAGGCUGUAGUCCACUAAGGUUGCACAAUAGCACGGCAAUGAUCUUUAAAUUAUAUUUGAUUAGUUCAUAAUAUCUACCAUGUAUCUUCUAAUUAUGCAGGUCCCAGUCCUAAACAUCCGCCUAUUUCUCCUCCCGAGGUUUCAGUGAUGGCCUUCAACAACGUCAGUUUAAAGUGCUUGGUUGAAAUAGAUCCUGACAGUGAUUGCGAAAUUUCAGAAUUUCAGUGGUUUUUUAACAACAGCUCAGCGCCAUUAACAUCUGGUGAAAAGUAUGAUAUACAAAGCAGGACAACCAACACCAGAUGCAAAAAAGAUUUCAUUCUCACCAUAACUAAUGUUACUGAUGAUGAUGAGGGAAAGUAUAAAAUGUCAGUGGAUCUGUGA